GUCUCCUUCCUUCCGGCUCUUCCCUCUCAAGCCGCGCGGCUCUUCCCUCUCAAGCCGCGCGGUGGUGAUGGAGAAGGGAGUGAAAAUGGGGGAGCUCCAAAUAAGAUGUGGCUGAAAACAGCGAGAAAUAAAAAGGAAGAAGGAAGAAGCCCGAGAAUAGAAGCAGAAGGAUAUAACGGGAACCAGUGCCCGGUCGACACCAGGGAAAUCACAAUUCAAGAGACAAUAGAUGAAAACAGGGAGAUUGGAAACUAUGAAAAUGACUUCUUACAGAAGACAUCUAGUAUACACCCUGCGUGUGAUGAAAAAUACCAAAUUGUGGACAAGCCAUAUAAAUGCCUGGAAUGUGGAAAAUAUUUCUUUCAGAAAGCACACCUCAACAGACACAAAGGAACCCACACAGGAGAGAUGCCAUAUGAAUGCCUGGAGUGUGGGAAAGGUUUUUCUGAUAAAAGAAAUCUUACUGGACAUGAAAUGAACCACAGAAGAGAGAAAUCCUAUAAAUGUCUGGAGUGUGGGAAGUGUUUCUCUUUGAGAUGUAACCUAGUGCAGCACCAAAACACCCACAGAGGAGAGAAGCCACAUAAAUGCUUGGAGUGUGGAAAAUGUUUCUCCCAGAAAGGAGACCUCAAAAUCCACAAAGGUACUCAUACAUCUGAGAAGCCAUAUGAAUGCCUGGAGUGUGGAAAAGGUUUUUCUGACAAGAAAAGUCUUAUUAGACAUGAAAUGACUCACAGAGGAGAGAAACCCCAUAAAUGUUUGAAAUGCGGGAAGAGUUUCUGUGGGAAAUUUGCCCUAAAGCGGCACCAAAACACCCACAGAGGAGAGAAGCCACAUAAAUGCCUGGAGUGUGGGAAAUGUUUCUCCCAGAAAGGAGACCUCAAAAUCCACAAAGGUACUCAUACACCUGAGAAGCCAUAUGAAUGCCUGGAGUGUGGGAAAGGUUUUUCUAACAAGAAAAGUCUUAUUAGACAUGAAAUGACUCACAGAGAAGAGAAACCCCAUAAAUGUUUGGAGUGUGGGAAGAGUUUCUGUUGGAAAUUUGCCCUAAAGCGGCACCAAAACACCCACAGAGGAGAGAAGCCACAUAAAUGCCUGGAGUGUGGGAAAUGUUUCUUUCGGAAACAAUACCUCAACAUACACAAAAUAACCCAUGCGCAAGAGAAGCUAUAUAAAUGCCAGGAGUGUGGGAAAGGUUUUUCUUAUAAGAGAAGUCUUAUUGGACAUGAAAUGAUACACAGAGGAGAGAAACCCUAUACAUGCCUGGAGUGUGGGAAGAGUUAUUCUUUGAGGGAUAGCCUAAGGCUGCACCAAAACACCCACAGAGAAGAGAAACCUUAUAAAUGCCUGGAGUGUGGAAAGAGUUAUUGUUGGAAUAAAAGCCUUCUGAAGCACCAAAAAACCCACAUGGGAUAGAAGUCAUAUAAAUGCUUGGAAGGAGCAAAGCCCUAUAAAUGUCUGGAAUGUGGUAGGAGCUAUAGCAUUAAAUCUGUCCUUACAGCUCAGUCAUACAGGGGAGUGUGGGCAGAGUUUUAGCUACAAAUCAGAUCUCAAAAAUGUCCAGAAUCUAUAUAUAUAAAAGAGUGAUGGAAUUCGAGCACCGAGCAAAACAACAAAACUAAACACACUCCAAACUCCAAAUUUGACCACAGAAUCCAUUAUCCACGCCUCCAGGUUGAAACAACAAAACAUCCGGUCAGAACCUCCACGGGAUCCACUCACCCCACACUCCUCCAAAACAAGGGCGGGAGAGGGAAUGCCCAGCUUUGCCUUUCCGCUCUCUCUGUGAGCCAUCCUCCCAUGACGUCACUCCCCAGCCGGCCGACAAAGGCUGUUCCCCGCGCGCGCCCUGCUCGCAAGCCCCGCCCCCUGGGAGCCGGAGCCCCAGCUUCUCCUUCUGGCUGCCUCCUUCCCCUUACUCGCUGCCAUCAUCAGGAUCCCUCACCAGAGGACCCUCCUCAGCUUCUUCUCCAAGUCAGGGAAAACGCCAGGAAGUCACAGGUACCUCCUCCAGGCCAAAUUGAAUACCAUUGAAUAGCCUUGCAGCAUCAAACCCUGGCUGCUUCAUACCUAGGGGACUCCAUUGUCAGCCAACUUGAAUACCAUUAAAUAGCCUUGCAGCAUCAAGGGCUGGCUGCUUCAUACCUAGGGGACUCCAUUGUCGGCCAACUUCAAUCCCAUUGAAUAGCCUUGCAGCAUCAAAGGCUGGCUGCUUCAUACCUAGGGGACUCCAUUGUCGGCCAACUUGAAUACCAUUAAAUAGCCAUGCAGCAUCAAACCCUGGCUGCUUCAUACCUAAGGGACUCCAUUGUCGGCAGAGCCGGCCCAAGGAAAUUUUCAAGUGUAAGCGAAAAAGGAUUUUGGUGCCCCCCCCCAAAAAAAACCUCAAUCACCGAGAAAGCAGGCUCCGUGGAAAUGGGCAA